CCUAGCCGCAUGGAUGCUUCUGACAGCUUUGCGUGUCCUUCCACAUACACGACACCCUACCUUUUCAAGUGCUGAAUGCUUGUCUCAUCCUCUCUGGAACUCUUGCAUGCUGGUCUGUGAGUGUAGGAAGUAGACCAGUAGGAAGUUGAACAACCGACACAGGCCUUAAUGGGAACCCCAACUUUCGCGGAGGUCAUUUAUACCCCGAUUCAUCAGCGAGGUGUCUCGCUCAUUGGAGCUUAGAAGCUUCGGAAGUUUUCGCAGCACUCUCCCACGAGGUUCUCAAGAUCAACCAUCCUAAUCAAGCAUCGCCAGACUUCGCCUACUCGCCUUCGGUCGACUCUUCUUCCCCGCUUGAAAAAGCCGCAAUGUCGCGGAUGAUGAUCAAUGGACGAGCGCUGGCGCGUAUCGGGUUGCUGGUCUCCCUAGUCGGGUUGAUCCUGAUCUGGGCAUAUCCACGCCGUCACGAUCUUCAAGAUACGCUGUCCUACUCUACGCGGCCGCUCUGGGACACGACUGGCAAGGCCGAAGCACCAAAUCACAUCAUCCCGCAUCUUCAAGCAGAUGGCGUGGCAGCUGAUGACGCCGCAGCUUGCGCCAGACAUGGCUGGGUGACUAGAGAGCACGACGUCAAGUUGGUGGAUGCCUUCUUGAUCUCUACAGAGGUGGAGCUGCUGGAGGCCAGACUGAGAGAGCUGGAGGAUGUGGUCGACAAAUUCGUCAUUGUGGAGAGCGAUUACACGUUGAUGGGGCAGCCUAAGAACAUGACGUUCCAGCAGAAUUGGCCCAGAUGGUCAAAAUGGAGCUCAAAGAUCGUGUAUCAAGCAUACAAGGGCAGAGCGAUGAAUGCCGGCGAUGGUCCAUUCACUCUGGUAAACGAGAUGAGGUUGGGCGUGUCCAACGUGCUCCGAGGCAUGUCGCUUUCCGCGACUGAUCUGGUCCUCAUGUCAGAUAUCGACGAGAUACCAUCCCGUUCAGCCUUGCAGCUUCUGAAGGCGUGUCAAGCGCAGAAUCCGAUUCAUCUUCAGCUGCGACCUUACACCUACAGCUUCGAGUGGGAAGCGGGAGAGGCUAGCUGGAGAGCUUCCUUGCACGAGUGGGGAGCGUCUGGCAACUUCUACGGUCACGGAAAGAGGUCGGACGUCAUGCUCGCUGAUGCUGGCUGGCACUGCAGCUGGUGCUUUGCUACGCUUGAAGAAUUCGUCCAAAAAAUGAAAGGCGCAUCGCAUGCCGAUCGCUUGUACCACAGACUCAACUGGCAGCAGUACCUCUCUCACGAGCGCAUACAAUCCAAGAUCUGCAAAGGCGAAGAUCUGUUCGACAUGUUACCAGAAACUUAUUCGUGGUCGGAGCUGAUCGAACACUGGCGAGGCUCAACACGAACCCCGAGCGCCGUUGGCCUACCACGGGCAGUCAUCCAAGACGCGGACAAGUUCAAAUUCCUCUUGCCAGGUGGAUGCAAGAGGCAGGCAAGAUAGACGUCGAGGUUUCGUAUUUGUUGAUGAACAAGCUGGACGACACGGAGUCCUCAUCUCCGCAUGAACAUUUUCGCUUGCUAGGCUCUCUUAAUGUACAUUAUGAAAACGCCAAAAUCCUGAAGUGGGAGACCGAGGUAAAGCU